AUGGGCGUAGCACUUAACUUCGGCCAUUCAGGCCCGGCAAGACUUGAUCGUUCACAUCUACCUGUCCGGUCGACCUGUCGACUUCCGCACGAGAGACCAGGCAGCCGCGACCCCUUCUCGGACAGGGCCGAGUGGCGGGUGGUUUUCGUGGUGGUCCGGCAGGCGGCUCUCGAGGCCUGCGAGACAUUCGGCUUCCAUCUACCUCCAAGGCUUUACCACCGAAAAAGGCCAGUAGAUUCGGCCCAACACUGGCCAAACCCGAAGACAGAUAUGAACCAGGCCGAAUGCGAUGCGCGUUAG